UUCGACAGAAAAUGGUGUGUCGCGGGACGUCGGUCGAAUAAUCGUUGCUCUUUUGUAUUGCAUCAAAAUCAAGUUGCGAUAUUUCAGUCCAGUUCCCGUGUUGCCUAAACUUGAAAGUUUCCCAUAUUACCGUUCGGGUCGGUUUAUAUUAGUGCGCGCGUGACUCAUAUCCGAAAGGACGGGUUCGGGUGUUUUUUUGGGGGAAAAUUUUCGUCCAAUUCCAAUGGAUGAUGGUGACAGGCCUGCGAUCCAAGGAAGAAGAGUGAUUUGUGUUGGGGAUUAUUGUGUUAUUUGAUUAUAAUAUUUAUUGUGUUUGUGUACGUCGUUCAGACCUUCCAGUGGAUUGAUUGCACAGAUCAUCUAAACUGCCAUCACACGAAGUGGAAGGAGGAUCGUGAAGCAGGAAGUAGAGGCCAGUUCGUCACGAUAGCGCCAGACCAGAUCAGAGCAGGACAGGGCAAUUGUAUGUAGUUGGAUUUCUCUCUACCUUUGCCAUAUGAGUAGUAGAAAUAUGACGAUUCCGUCAAGACCAGCUCCACCGCCCCCACAAGCAACCUCGAACAAAACCACACGCUACAGUCCGGCCACCAACUGGGAUGACACACCAUUCAGUCCACCGCCAACGGGCUAUAGCGCGGCCAGCAGUAGACCUGCCCCUCCCUUAACCGGAAAUCAGCUCCAUAUGAAACCUAAGAAGGCACCUCCACCGAGACCUCCACCACCGAAAGUGGUCCCGGCUCUGAAGAAACCCGGUCAGCCACAGUCCAUCAACAUUCUGUCGAACCUCUUCGGUCAGAAACGAAACCAUGGUUCAAAAGGCGUGGUCAAGUCGCAACAGGGGCAGCUGCCAAUGAAGUUACCUCCACCUCCGAAACAACCACCGCCCUUGAGUCAACAUCCGACCGGACAGUACGGUUCCAUCGGAUUUACUGCAGGGAACAAUGCUCAACCCACCGCUAGCGGAUCAGAACUGAUAAGCUUUGACUCACCACCAAGCUCGCCCACGUUCACCCAGAAAUCCUGCAGCGAUUGUAUCAGUGUAGAUAGUUUUAGUUCGGACUCGAACUAUUCCUCCCCGAACAAUGGAAACAUGUCCCAGGCAGAGAGUGGCUUCGAAGAUGAUUUUGUCAGUCAGCACGAACAUCAGCGCUCAAUGGCCACCACUCCGGCAUCUUCUACGGCUGCCACACCUUCUACGUCAGCCCUUAAAGACCUUUGGGAUCUUUCCGACGCCUUCGGAAUGUCCCAAACAUCGGCGAGACCUUUAACGAACCCGUCCAGCAUGUACGCACCGGUUGGUUCUGCCACGAUACGAACCCCCGCGGUGAACAGUAAACUCUAUUCAUCCGAAUUCGUGGAUCCCCUGUGCAAUGGUAAAUCCGUCGCCCCAAAAGUACAAACCGUUGCGAUGCCCACCAUCAUCAAGGCAGGCAGUGCCGGCAAUAGUCAAAAAUCCACGCCUGUGCACAAUAGUCACAAAUCGAAACCGGCACCAUUGCCAUUAUGGGGGUCGGUAAAGCAGCCUGUCCCAUUGCCAUCUGCGGCUACAGUCGUUCCUGUUGGUCUACCAUCGACGACGGAUGGCUUCGAAGACGAUAAUGAGGAAUCACAGGAUUCACUCCCAUCACCGCCGAUGCCAAACAUUCCACCACCGCCACCUCCCUGUCUGGCGGCAGAUGUGUCUGACGAUCUUGAGUGCGCCAGCGAGCCAUACGGAUUCGCAAUGUACGAUUUCAGCGGAGAAACCGAGGAGGAUCUCUGCUUUAGGACCAACGAUAAAAUUUAUUUAUUGAAACGACUGAACGAAGAGUGGAUGUUAGGCCGGGAUCGCCGUGGAUGUGAAGGAAUGUUUCCCACCAACUAUAUUGAGGUAAAAGUGCCGCUGCAAGAAGACCGGAUACCAUCUGCAGCCACCCACAGUAUCAGCAGCAGCAGUACUAAAACUGCUCCUAAAUAUGGUGAUAUUAGUUAUAGUGGAACCAAUAGCUUUAAUAAGCACCAUCCGAAAGUGCGUGUACUGUAUACCUUCAACGCGGAAACCUUAGACGAUUUAACGAUAUUGGAAAAUGAGUACGUGACAGUCCUGGGUCAGAUCACGUCCGAAUGGUUAUAUGGAGAAACGAAUGGGCAAAAGGGGCAAUUCCCAGCCAACUUUAUCGAGUACGUUCCACCCAACCUACCUCCAAUUCCGGCCAGUGAUAGUAACGGUGGGACCUAGAUAUGAUACUGUACGAUCCGUGUAGUUCAUAUAAGCCAUUUUGUUUUGUUUGGUACCUCUUUUGAUGAUUAGAUAUUAGUAGAGAGGUCGUUUUAUUUGGUUCCACCACCAGCGCGCUUCGGUGUAAUUUUCGUUAAAUUCCUACAGAUUUUCACACAAAAGCACCGAAAGAGGGGUUCAUACAAGAAGCCAUUAACUGAUAAUAGUUUCAAAUGCCUUUAGUAAAAUAAGCAUUUCCUUUCAUCUCUUCACGAUUAGUUGUACAAAUAAGCUUUCGAGUUCGAAGAAGCGAUAUUGUGAAGAAUUAUCCGACGUAAAAGAUUGAACUUUAAUUUGCAUGAUUGUUGAUUUUAUUGGGAUGAUGAUAAGUAGUUUGAUUACGAGAAUUUGGGAUGCAAACAUAUGUUUCGUACCUUACUUUCGAUGAAGUCUUUUAAAGGCCUCCAAAAUAUGUGAUUUGAACGUGAUGGUAUUAAUGUUAGUUGUGCAUGCAGAAGAGUAUAAUUUUUUCUAUAAUUUAUGCUAAGGGAGUUGGAGCGAUUGAAAGGAUGUUAUACUGUGAAAAUACUGGAAAUAAUAUAACCUUUACACUAACUUGAUCAGAAUCUACACUUUUGUAAUUAAUUAGAUAAGUAUCUCUUCCGAUGGAAAACUACCACCGAAGAUAAUCCUUGGAAGGCUUAGUCCUAAAUAUUUUUCUAAACACGCUUUAUCGUAGACAUACUCUUUAAGCUUAUCCAUAAUUUAUUCAAAAAUAUCAGCAUGAAAUCCACUUCAAGCUAGCUAUUGUUGAUAGCUUCUUUUGUAAAGAUUUUUACUACAUAAAUACAAGGUGCCCAUUCACUCAACAAUA